AUGACGAGGGAAAAGAGGGACAUAAGGCCGGUGCUGUUCAAAUUUGGGGUAGCUUUGGCUUUCUCUCUUGGUGGGAUUCUUUUUAAUUUUUUGAGGAACAAACGGAAUAAGCCCUCUGCAUCCCAAUCUUCUCCAGAGCAUCAGAAUCAGGCUAACUCUUCUUGUGAAAGGAUUGAGCACAAGAAUGAUGAUGAGGAUGAUCAUGCUUUGCAGAAAACGCCCAAUUAUUGCCAUUUGGAAGGAACCGCCUCUGAAAAAGAUGAGUCUGCAUUGCUCCCGAAUAGCACCAGUGAUAAUCAUCUAUGUAACUUUUCUCCAAGUAAGAGAUCGAGCGGGGAUAAAGAAUCAUAUCUCUUGCCAGAGUUCAAUGAUCUAGUAAAAGAGUUUGAUUUGGUUGCCAUAAAAGGUAAUUUUUCCCCGAGGAAAGAUGUGGAAGUGCUUCCAAAUGGAUCAGCAGCUAGCAGUAAUGAGAGGACGGACCAAGAGCAAGAAAUUAAGAGGCUAAGGGACAUGGUUACAACUCUUACUGAAAGGGAGAGAUGUCUUGAGAUUCAAUUGCUGGAGUACUAUGGUCUUAAGGAGCAAGAAACGGCUGUCAUGGAGCUUCAGAACCGAUUAAAGAUAAACAACAUGGAGGCUAAGCUUUUCAAUCUCAAAAUUGAGUCAUUGCAGGCAGAUAAGAAAAGGCUCGAGGAACAAGUAGCUGAUUAUGCAAAAGUUGUCACAGAGCUGGAAGCGGCCAAAGGGAAGAUUAAGCUACUCAGGAAGAAAUUAAGAUCUGAAGCUGAGCAAAAUAGGGAGCAGAUCUUGGCCCUAAAAGAAAGAGUUUCAAAAGUGCAAGAUGCGGAAAAGAAUGCUCUUUCAACUGACUCGGAUAUCCAGUCAAAACUGCAUAAACUGGAGGAUUUCGAGGAGGAGAUGAAGGAACUAAAGGAAUCGAAUGAGAGUCUGAGGGUAGAAAAUUCUGCACUGGCUCAAAAGAUAGAUUAUUUGCAAACAAUUGCAAGUUCUAUUUUAGAUGAUGAAGAGACUCAAACCUUGAGGGAAGAGAGUAACCGUCUAAGAAUCCAAAAUGAAGAUAUGGCUAGAGAAAUGGAGCAACUCCAUGCAGCUCGUGUUGCUGAUAUUGAAGAACUAGUUUACCUCAGAUGGAUAAAUGCUUGCUUGCGCUAUGAGCUGCGGAAUUAUCAGGCUACCCCGGGUCAAACAACUGCAAGGGACCUGAGCAAAUCACUAAGUCCCAAGUCUGAGGAGAAAGCUAAGCAAUUAAUACUUGAGUAUGCACACAAAGAAGGCAGCACAGGGGAUAAGGGAAUAGAUAUUGCCGAUUUUGAUUCUGAUCGGUGGUCAUCCUCAGCUUCUUACAUUACUGAAUCUGGCGAUAAUGAUGAUUCAUCGUUGGAUGUUUCAUCGACCAGUAAAACACACAACUCGACAAAGACAAAGAUUUUCAGUAAGCUCAUUCACAUACUACGAGGAAAAGGUAGUCGCCAUCUGAAAAGGAGUUCAUCGCUGGAUUUGGCCGUGCCUGCUGAAGAUUUGUUAGGGAGGAGUUCGAGUCUCUCCCCCCGAUGCAGCAAUGGCGCAUCACCUGGGGCAUUUUCUGGUACUGAUGCCUUCAAUACAAGAUCAAGGAAUUCAUCGCAGAGCUCAUCUAGACUCUCUCUUGAUCUCCAAAGAGAUACAUAUUUUCAAGGAUCAAGGAGCAUCAGAAGGGACGAUAGCAUCAAAUCAGAACGUGUAUAUGGAAAGAGCCACGACGAUUCAUCCUUCCUUUACAAAGUAAUCAAUCCCAUCUCAGAGGAUGUUGCUGACACACCUGCAGAGAAUCAGCAGCCCGGUUCUAAUAGUGAUACUCCAAAAUCCAAUUUGGGAAAGUAUGCGGACGCGUUGAAAGACUCGCGGCGAAAACCCUUGUUUCGCAAGAGGUCAGCAUCAGUUAGUUCCUUUUGA